GUCAGCCGUCGGCUCUCCGCGAGGCCGCGGCUCCGUGCUGCAGGGCCGGGCUGCUCGCCGUGCCGUGCACGACGCGGGCCUUUUAGCGUCUCUUUGCAGAUAUUCCCGAGCCCCUCCGUGCCGUUUUCUCUCCCCGUCCCUUUAAAAACCCGCUCCUGCCGCGGGUACAGCGCGAUGCUCGCUGUUGUCCAGCAGCUGUAUUUUGCAGUAGCCGACGUGCAGCAAACUUUAUUUUAUUCCACACGAGGAUGGAUUUUCUUUAUUUUCCUCUCUCUCUAUUUCUUUUUUUUUUUUUUCCCUUUUCCCUCCCAAUUCAUCACGCCGAGUAUCUAUAAUUACUCGCGGUGCUGCUGUGUCUUUAAAGCAGCUUAAGCAAAUGCGUUGAGCAAAGCCUGGCUCAGCACCGCAGCGCUCCGGGGCUCCACGCAGCCCGGGGGAUCCUAAACCCGGCGGGGUCGGGGCUGCACUCGGUACUUUGUACCCACUGAGCCGGGCUGGGGCCGAUCCCUGCUGGCCAAUGGUGCCACACUGCUGCUGCUGCUGCUCAGUCCUGCUACAAUUCGUUGCUUUUCUCACCUAUUUUUUCCCAUUGGUGCCCCAUGUAGGUCCUGGGAGAGGACCAUCACGAUUGGUUUUUCUUUUUAAAUUCUUUUUGCGCGCAGUUCUCUUGAAAGGGUUUUUUUCUGAGCUGCUGCUUAGGGCUGAAUCCUGUCUGGGGCGCCAGGGGCAGCUUUGGCUCCAGACCUCUGCACCUCAAAUGGACGCCCGACCACCGCAUCUAAAAGCAAAUAUAAUUUCUCGCCCCUGUUACUAAUGGCAACGAAGAUUGCCAAAGUGAACAAACUCUCAGGAGUGAGCGAGGCCGUCCCCGUGGAUGCACAUCGCUUCCUCCCGGCCCGUCCCUGCCCUGCCGAGGGGCAGCUCCACUGCUUUGGCUCUCAUCGAUGGCAGCAGUUCGUGGUGAAUGCAGUGCAGGCAGGGAGUCCCUCCCGGGUUCCCCACAUUCAGGACUGCUUUACGUUUUUGAGUCAUCGGGGUGGGAAAAAGUGGCAUUCUGCGUUUUGCUCCUCUCCUGGAUCGUGUUCCAAAGGUGUCUCCCUGGGUGUGUUUCCAGGGUCAAAGUGCAUCCCGCCGGCUGCCCACAGUGCCCCCUGGCCAGCCGUGCUGCGCAGCGCUCCCGGUACCAGCAGCCGCGUCCUCCUGCUUUCGUGCUGCAGAGGGAUGUGCCGAACUCGUGCAGCGUGCUCAGAAGGGAAAAGCUCCUUCCCUUUUCCCUCUUCCCUCUUCCCUUCCCUCCCUCCGUGCCGCUGUCCCAGUUAUGCGGCGUUUCACCGUGCUCGGCCCCCAUCUGGCUGCAUCCCUUUGUCUGCGUCGCACCAACUUCGCACCGCCGCAACCCAAAGCUCAGCACGGGGCUCUGUGGAGCUUUGUGGGGCUGCUGCUGCUCAGCCGGGGGAGCCCUCUGCAAUUCACAGCCCCGCUGCUGUCAGCACUGCGCAUCGCGGCUCGCCGGGGCUUUGCUCAAUGCUGCUGUGCAGCUCUCAGCCCUGCCCAGAGAUUGGGUUUGGGGCAGCCCUGCAGGGGGAGUUUUGGGGGCCGCUGAGGUGUGUUGGUGUCCAUCGGCUCCUGCCUGGCUGAGGCAGGGUGGUGGUGAUCGGUGGGCGCAUAGCUGGUGCUGCAGUGGUAGGGUUAGGGAGAGGGAAGGUGAGCGGCUCAAAAUCUGAGCCAUUUUAGGAUGGAGCUUGUUGGGGGGUGUAGCUGCCACUGGCCUAAAGCUGAAUGCAUUCACAGUGUUAAGGAGAGGCUGGCACGAGGAGUGGGGAAAUGCAGCCGCUCCGUUCCCUCCUGCAUGGGUGCACCGGGCACUGCAGCGCAGAGUGCUCAGAGCCAGCGGUGCCACUUGUGCUCUGUGGCUGUCACACACCUCUGCUGUGCUGAUGCCAGGGUGGGAAGUGCCAUGCGGGGGGCACAAGCUGUGUUAGGAAACCUCAGCCCAAGCAGCUCGAAUCAGGAUUGCAGAGGAUGAGGAGCAGGGCUGCUGGCAGUGCAGGAGGCUCGGCUCAGCUGCAGGGAGCCGAUGGGUGAAGCUGGGAGCAGCCCAUCCACCAUCCACCAGCUCGGCCUGUGCUGCAGCUGCAGUUGUCCUGGCACUAGAGGGGGAUUUCUGUAUAGGUGAUUAUUAGAAAGGAUCUGUUCCCAAAGAACUUCAUCUCAAGGAAGUUGUUUCCAGGCUGCGUUGCAGAGGAGAGAGUUGUGUCUUGGCUGAAUCCAAAGGGACUGCCAGGCACAGUGAGCAAGGUGCUGACUUGAGCAGAGCGUGCUUUUCCUGCAGCAGAGACAUCUUCUGCUGUGCUGAUCUGGAGACUGGUUUGCACUGUGGUGUCCUGUCCAGCUGCAGGGCAGUGAGGGGGUUUGGCAUAGGGAAUAAAGAGCCCCUUUGCUCUUGGUGAGUGUAAUCCAUCCGUGUUAGUUUCAUUGAGCAUCUCUUGCAGGGUUUGCUGUUGGAAGCAGCGUUCAGCCCCUUUCUCACCAGCAAUUCCAGAGCAUGUUUUGUUUGGAGAUAUGAAGGAGCUUUGGUAUCAUGCAACAAGCUUCUCUCUGAGCAGAAUGGGAUGUUGAUGGUCUUCUUUCAUUCUAAACUCGUUUUCUUUGGAGUUAAUUAGAAUUGGCUGGGCACCUAUUUAGCUACAUCAAAAUAAAGCUGUGGUUUCAUAUACGCUUCUGUUGGCAGAGGUGCUGGAUUAAACGGAUUCUGUGCCAGGCUGCGCCCUCUCUCCCUCCUGGUGAACCCGAUCUGGGAGCUGCUGUGGGCUAAAACCCUUGCAGGCAGGGAAGAAACCCACAGCACUGGUUUGAAACACAGAUGUGCUCCCGGGUUUGGCUCACCCUGCAUUGCCAGUGGAAGGAGUGAGGGGACAGAAGGGCUUCAGUAGUUCCUUCUGCUCCGAGGGUACACGAAAGCAUGCCUUAGUUGUGUUCUCCAGGGGUUCUGCCAGUUUAAUUACAGCCGUUUAAAGUCGUUUUGAGCUGAGCUGGUGCAGAUGAGAGGUCGUGUUGACUCCACUCAAGGUCUCCUUGGGUGCCUGGCCCUGCUCUGCCCAUUGCACACUGCAGCUGCUCCUACCCGUGUUUCCCAGACAUCUUCCCUUGUCUGUGCUCUGAAGGAUGCUCCUCUUUCGGUGGUCGCUCCCGUUUGCAUUGGAGAGCACGUCUGUCAUUCUCUCCAUGUUGAAUUCCUUUUCCUCGAGUUGAAAACAUGAUAUUUUUUUUUUCUCUCUUCUGUUCCUUCUGGCUCCCUGUGGAAUGCCUGUCUUUGGCACGUGUCCCGUGUCGUCCGUAGAGGGUAGAGGCCAAGAAUUCACGAAGCAGGGGCUGUGCUUGUUCUCCUGCCUCUGCUCUGGUGGCCGUCCUGCUGUGUCCGCCAGCUCUUACUCGAGCACUCCAAACGUGCCAUCCCUCCCCGCUCCCCACACCGCCUUGUCCCUGCUUUUCCCUCACCAGACCAAUUCUCAGACCACGCUCUGUGCUUGUUUUGAUGCCCCAGCUCUUCUCUGAACUCCUGUCCCGCGUUGCACAGCCCCCUUCCCACUCACACAGUGGCUCCCUUUCCAUCUCUCCCAAACCAUCAGCCCCACCGCCGUGCUCGGGGGCAGAACCGUCCUCCUGCCCUUCUUUCAGUUUAGCCUAAGAUGGUGAAAUCCCCACAGAUUGUUUGUUCCCCUAUUUCCUUUAUGUUGCAUUUCACUCCAAGCAUCGCAAGACUCCUCCCCUUCCUGCUCCAAGCCACCUCUCAUUCUCUUUGGGUAUGACCCUGCUCUCUGCCUUAGAACCUGCCCUGCUCCCCUUCCACCACACAGCCCUUCUCCCUCUGCGCCUUGUGCCCUUGGCUGGACGUUCCCCUCUUAUCCUGACUCCCAGUUUCCACGGCUUUGCUCAGAUCUGUGUUCAUAUGUGUGGAUUUGUCUGUCACUUUUUUUUUUUUGCAAGCAAAAUGCCCUGUCCCCGUUUCUCCUAUGGCCCUGCUGUUCUGUUUCUGGAUGUUGGCACACGAGCUGAGGAGGGGAUAUCUGGCAGCAGCUGUGCUCAGAGGGCACAUUCAGCCCGGCCUGUACAUCCCUGCACUCAUCUCAGCAUCGUGCAUCCUGCUUCUGGUCUCAUCCAGAGCUCGUGUCCCCGGGAGUUUGGCAGGGCAAAGACAGCCGAGCGAGGCUGGGGGUGACGUGCUGCUUUUAGCCUCUCCCUGCUCUCACCGCUGCACCGAGGACGCCCGGUGCCCCUGCCAGCUUUCCCUUCGUGUGUCCAGAAUGCCUUUGUAUCGAGAACCUCUUGGACAGCAUCUCUGCCCUUCGCGGUCCGUCCUCCCUCCUCGCUUCCACCUCGCCCUCCGCUUAGCGCAGGGGAUCCUCUCCUCCCUCCUUCCUCGCGUUUUCCCUGACACGACUCCAGCAGCAAAGCUGCCUUAAUGCUCGAGCACCCAGCGCCGCACGAUUGGCUGUAACAUCCUCCCCCGAAAGCUCCACCCCGCCGACGGUGCGUCUCGGAUGCUCGCAAGUCUCUGGAUUUCCUCCUGUUUUCUACCCGUAACACCGCCGAACACCAUCAUCCCCUCCGCAGCGCACUGAGGGGACGUCCGCUGGAUGACACGUCGGUGGCACACUUGGCAAUCCUCCGCCCCCUCCUCCCGCAUCCCCCCCCCCCCCGGCUUCUUCCCCGUUUGAGGUUUUCCCCGCUGAGCCCGGCACGUCCUGCUUUAUCAACGUAAUGCGAAGCCUCGGGGAGGGGUCAGCGUUCUAACAGCCGUCCGCUUGGCUGCAGCUCUGUCCGGGCUCGUUGCCCUGCGCUGGAAACCUCUGGGGUGGGGAGAAAAGCGGGGGGGUCUUGUAAAAGUGAUGUAUGUGUGUGUGAUGAUGGUAGGAUCACAGAACGGCCGGGCUAGAAGGGACCUCAAUGCCCACCCAGUCCCAACCCCUGUACCGUGGGCUGGGUGCCUCCUCCAGCCCAGGACCCACCCAUGGCCUCGGGCACCUCGGAAACGGGGGCACCCCCAGCUCUGGGCAGCACGGCUUCACCAACGGCUGUGUGAAGCUCUCGAGGUAGCCUGAGGCUUUGGCAAUCGAGUUGGUUAGUGUGAGGACGGGCAGAUCCUAUCCCGAGGCGCUGUUUAUUCCCUCCAGUCCUCCUCCAGACAGACGUGGAGCAUCUCAGGCGUCGUGCUCGCUCUUCCUGGCGAUGGAGCUGAGGAUAAACGUGGAUGCCACCGUCCUACAAGAGUCACCAAUUCUCUGUUUUAUGCUUUUUAUUUUUUUUUUCUCCCUGCAGGCAGAGCGGCCCCUCGAGCCCCAGCAGGACCCGGGUUGGUGACGAGCAGCUGUCAUGAUCUCUACGGCACCUCUCUAUAGCGGGGUGCACAACUGGACCAGCACAGAGCGGAUUCGCAUGUGUGGCCUCAACGAGGAGAGGAGAGCCCCACUUUCUGAUGAGGAGUCUAAAACCAGCAGCUCCCAGCAUUUGGGAUCUCAAGAGUUCUGCGUCAGCAGCAGCCUUUCCAAGGUGGAGCUCACAGCAGUCAGCAGUGGUGGCAGCAGUGCCCAGGAUGCAAGUGGCAAGGUGGAGGAAAAGAUUGGACCCAAACUGGAAGAGCAGCCACCUGAUCCUAACCCGAGCCCAGAGUGUGUGGGAAAGACUGUGAAGGACGAUGUUCAGGGCCCUCUGGCAAGCCAGGGGGAUGGCAGAGGGCAGGAGCCUGCAGUCCCCCAAGCUGCUGAGCAGGAGAGCAGCAGUGCUGAUGCUGCGGGGAUGCCUGCAGAUCCUCCCAGCGACAAGCAGGCUGACGUUCCUUCCACCUGCUCUGUGGCUCCAGAGAAUGAGCCUGCUGGGAAGGAGAAAACCGCCCCAAGCACCGGAGCACAAGGGCCAGCAGUGCUGGCAGAAGGGACGUUAUCCGUGGUCGCCUCCAGCUGCAGCACCUCAGCCUCCACCCCUGCAACUUUUACUUUGAGUCGAGUGUGCUUUCCCACGUCUCAGGCCCCUGCUAUGCACAAAGUGCCCCUGUCCUUUCAGCCUGGGACGGUCCUGAGCCCGAACCAGUCGCUGGUGUACAUCCCACCGCCCAGCUGCGGGCAGCCGCUCACCGUGGCCACUCUUCCAAGCACUUUGGGGGUCUCCUCCACGCUCACCCUUCCCGUCCUGCCUUCCUACCUACCUGAGCGUUGCGUGCCAGGCAUCAUUGCUUCCCCGGAGCUGCGUUCCUACCCCUACACCUUCUCUGUCACCAGACCCUUGGCUUCAGAUGCCAAAGUGGUGUCGGUGGAGGUGAAUCAGCUUAGCUGCUCUUCGCCCUCAGGUGGAAGCGGUGCCCAGACCGCUGCCGAUGGCUCUCCCUCGUCCACAGCUGGCCCUGCCCCGUCGUCCAGCCAGCCUCUGCCGGCAGCACCGUGUGGAAGCGCUGCUCCCUCUUCUGGCACUGGCACACAAGCCAGAGCGGCGGCAGCUCCCGAGCCGCACGCACCAGGGGCGGCGACUUCGCUUUCACCUCUGAAGUCCCCUCCGCAGCUGGAGCGUGAGAUGGUCUCUUCUCCGGAGUGCAGCGAGAUGCCUCUCGAUCUCUCCUCCAAGUCCAAUCGCCAGAAGCUGCCUCCACCCAGCCAACGCAAAACCCCUCCGAUGCCCAUCCUCACCCCUGUGCACACCAGCGGCAAAGCACUUCUCACCACGGUCCUGUCCAAGUCCCAGCGCGCGGCCCAGAGCGCGGGCAGCAGCGUCACCUCGUGUCUCAGCACCACGACGCCCUUCGUCAUCUUCCCCGAGUUCCUGCGGAACAGAGAGCAGGGCUCCUGGGUGAAGAACACCACCCUCAUCAGCACCAUUCCAGGCACCUACGUCGGCGUUGCCAACCCCGUGCCCGCCUCGCUGCUGCUCAGCAAGGACCCCUGCGUGAGCUUCAGCAGGGACCCCCACCACCUUCCCAAGCAGGAGCCGAUUUCCAUCAUCGAUCAGGGAGAGCCCCGAAGCGCUGGGGCUCCCUGUGGGAAGAAAACCAGCCAGGCGGGCGCAGAGAGACAGCAGGAUCCUGCCAAGAGACUGCUUCAUGGCAGAGCUGCUCCGGGAGCUCCUUUGUGUCAAUCCAAGGACAUUUCCACCUGGAAUCCUGUCCAGGGGAGCGUGUACCCACGAUGCCCUGUGAAUGGCAAACCUUCCAAUCCUCAGCUUUUGCCUCUCGGCUGGUCUCCUUAUCAUCAGACCCCUCUGCUUUCGAUCGGCAUCUCCACCACGGGGCAGCUGCCCCCGAACCCCAACAGCUCCUGCAAGCCCGCUGGCACAGGUGAGCUCCCCACGUUCCUGAGUGUGCAGCCCACAGAGCCCAGCGCGGCGGCCCAGAGCCUGCCUGAGGGGCUGCCCAGGCUCCCACCUGCGGAGUGCGAAGCUGCAUCCAAGAGCAGCAAGAGCUGCCGACCCCUGCCCAAACCCGGCGAGGAGCAGGACAGUGCCAUCCCUUUGAACACAGGCCCAUCUCCUCAAACCAGCACUUUGGAUGCAAAAGGAGGAAAGGGGAAGCUGGACAACCCUUCAAAGAGUCAAGAGCAUGAGGAACCACAGGCCGACUCCAGUAAGGAGGGCGUUGUGCAGGCUGAGGCUCCCCAGGGGAGCUGCAGCCUCAAGCAGACGGAUGCAAAGCCUAAAAACCAAGUGUUAGCUGCGUACCUGUCGCACGACGUGCCCGUGGUCGGGCAGCAGGCCCUGCGGGUGGUUCCAGAGGUGCCUGCAGCACCCGUAGAGAAUCAGCACAAGGAGGCAGGCUGUGAAGGCUCCCAGCAGCCUCCAGCUGCAGAGCCCCUCCAGUGCACGCAUCAGGUGGAUCUAUGCAGGGUGAAGAAGGAGCGCGUGGAGAGCGAUGUGUCGUUGCCUUCGGUGACUUGCUUGCGAGCUGGGGCUGCUCCCCAGGCCUUGGCAGAGGCCAAGCUCACAGCUGCAGGCCAGGUCAAGCAAGAGAGUGGCACACGCUGCAAGUCCAAGCGGCAGCACGACGGCGAUGCCAGGCAGGUGCAAAAGAGACUGAAGUGCAAAGCGCAGGAUGGCGAGGAGCCCCUGAGCAAAUCAGGGAGCCAGAGUGUGCAUGGCCGGAAGUGGCGGAAACACCACGACAACCUGCACGAGCUCAGCAAGCGAGAGGGCCGAAGCGGCCUGGGAUCAGUGAGUGAUCACAACAGCCUCAGGGUAAAGCGUAAGCGCAGGAGGCCGACGAAGACAGAGUUCCCUUCUCCCGAGCACCGUGGGGACAGCCACGAGGAAGGUUACCUUGAGAAGAAGCCCAAGAACAACUUCCGGGACUUCAUCCCGGUGGUGCUGAGCAGUCGGACGCGCAGCCAGUCGGGAAGCGUUGCUGGCUCUUCUGCUAGCGCCAUGGGAGAGUGUGAUGUGAGCGGUCAGGAUAUUUUACCUUUGCUGGAGGAGGAUGAAGAAGAAGAGGAGGAGGAAGAGGAGGAAGAGAUAUCCUUGAAACGUCGCAAGCUGCGGAAAUCCCACCAGGCAUCGCGUUAUCACAGCCACAGGGCCAGGGACAGGUCUGUGUCCGAGAGGAGCAGCUGUCACGCGAGGAGGAGCCGGGAGCUGCCCUGGAGAGUGGACGCACCCAGGCAGCUGUGGGAGCCCAACGAGGAGGAGGAGGAUGACAGCCACAUCAAAAGAAAGAAAAGGAGACGACAGAAAAGCCGGAGAUACCAGACUGGGGAAUAUCUGACCGAAAGGGAGGAAGAACGGGUGGGCUUCCCCCACAGGAGGCGAAAAUCCAAAGCAGAUUUUAGGUACCGAAAGCAGAAGGAGUCAGUGCAGGGUAAAAGCACAGAGCUGAGGCUGAGGAGCAGGCUUUCCCCAUCCCCCCGCAAAUCCCAAGGACGCCCAGACUUUCGGAACGGCUUCUUCUUGGAGCACUCAGACAGCUCUCCUGUCCAGGAAGAGCUGGAGAAACCAUCAGGAAAACGCAAAUGUAAAACCAAACACCUGGCAGGGAUCUGUGAUGAGGGGAAGGUGAAAGGACGCUGGAGCCAGCCCAAAACGCACUCUCCGAAGAAGCCCCAGGACUCGUGGCCUCUUUGUAAAUCCCAUCGUGUCAGCCCAGGGAGCUCCCCUGAGUUGCCUGCAGCCCAGCACAUUCCUCCUGAGGCACGGCGGCUGAUAGUGAACAAAAAUGCAGGGGAGACCCUCCUGCAGCGAGCAGCUCGCCUGGGCUACAAGGACGUGGUGCUCUAUUGCCUGCAGAAAAAGAACAGUGAUGUGAACCAUCGUGACAACGCUGGCUACACGGCUCUGCACGAGGCCUGUGCGCGAGGCUGGAUCGACAUCCUGCACAUCCUGCUGGAGCACGGCGCCAACGUGAACUGCAGCGCGCAGGAUGGCACGAGGCCUGUCCAUGACGCAGUAGCCAAUGACAACCUGGAAACCAUGUGGCUUCUCCUCUCCUAUGGUGCUGACCCCACUCUGGCCACUUACUCCGGGCAGACAGCUGUGAAGCUUGCCACCAGCGACGUGAUGAAGCGCUUCCUCUGUGAUUACCUUUCGGAUCUCCAGGGGCGCACUGACGGGGAUCCUCGAACAGCGUGGGACUUCUACAGCAGCUCUGUACUCGAGGGAAAAGACAGCAUUGGAUGCGAUCUUCUGCUCAACCCUCCGGGGAGUUCAGACCAGGAGGAAGAGGAACAGGAACCUGACAACUUCAUGUUUGAGUUCUCAGACAAGCCACUGCUGCCCAGCUACAACCUCCAAGUGUCCGUCUCUCGGGGGCCCUGCAACUGGUUCCUCUUCUCCGACGUGCUGAAGCGGCUGAAGCUGUCCUCCCGCAUCUUCCAGGCCCGCUUCCCACACUUUGAGAUUGCCACGUUGCCCAGGGCUGAGUUCCAACGCCAGGUGGCCCUCAGCCAGGUGCUGGCCCAGGACGAGGUGCAGGAGAGCCCUGAGCCGGCGCAGGGUGCUGCAGAGACAGUGGAGCUGGUGCACUAUGAGCCCGAGCUGCUGCAGCUGCUGGGCUCCGCGGUGGAAUACGAGGCGUGGAGCAGCUGACGGGGGGCAGAUCGCUCCCUGCAUCGUGAGGCAAUAAUAAGGACCAAUGGGAAGCAGCCCUCUUCGAGCCAGCAGCAAGGACCUGAGGCUUCGGCCAGCUGAUCUCCUCCUCCCGGCGGUGCCUCGGUGCUGGCUGGGGGGAGAGGACGCUGCCUCCAAGGACUUCCUGGGGUUUCUUUGUGCUGAGCGGCGGCGGUCGCGGCUCUGGCAGCCCCAUCCAGCAGCGGCAGAGGGAGGUGGGCCCUCUGUGGGGCAGCGUGGGGCAGCGAUCGGCUCAAGCUCUUCUGCAGCGUGGGGCAAUGGGUGCCAUCGCCCCUCCCCGCCCGACCCCGCGGAACUGCACCUCUCUGUCUGCCCUCCACCCCCACCCCCGAUGUCUUCCAUAGUAUUUAUUUAAUUAGUAUUUAAUUUGUUACGUUUCCUUUUGUUUUUGCAAUCUGUAUCACUGUGAUUAUGUGAGCUCCGGGCUACGGGACGAGGGCUUCCUGCGGCCCCUCUGCAGCACUCCCCAGGGCCUGCGCUCCCCUGGAGCACCACCCCGAGCUGCAGAACUGGGGUCUGUGGCUCUGGCACCUCGGCUGAGAGCCUGGGGACGGUCCCAUCUCUUAGCAUUGGAGCUGGCUUCUGCUGAAGGCACUCUCACCCGCUCUGCUCCAUCCUCACCAGGCUCCAUCCUGCGUUUCGGUCACACUGCUGCUCCCUGCCCCCAACAGCUGUCACAGAGGCAGCCCACACUUCCAGCAGCUCAGCCCCCCCCCCGGGGUCUCUCCCCUCUUGCCCUGCACGGUGUCUGCUCAGCCUUUGCCCCUCCUGUGUCGUUGGGAGCAGUUCUACCGGAGAGAGCAAGGCACAGGGCAGGGCUGCUGCGCUCCCGGUAGAUGGUACAGUUUUAUUGUACAGGUGCUAACAGGACUCUGAGGAUGGGACAAUCUGUUUUUUUGGUUCGGGUUUUUUUUUUCCUGUCUCUCCUCUGCUCAGCAGUGGGAGCACUGGGUGUUUGGUUUCUUUUUUUGGGUUCAUUUUUUUGUUUUGUUUUGUGUUGUGUUUCUUCCCAGCCAGGGCAGGUGUACCUUUCCCCCUUGGACUCCCAGCUGCUGGCCUCCCCUCACUGGGGUCUGGCCACUCCUUUUUUAAGCCGAGGAUUUUUGCCUUUGGGUGUGUUAUUCUGGCUGCUCUUUCUGAUUUCUGUUUUAUUAUAAGCAACAGGCUGUGGUGUCAAAAACACUUAUGUACAGAAAAAAACCUGCAUCAGGC